CCGAACGGAAGCCUGCUGCCACGCGCUGCCUCCCUAGUCCCUCCCCUCCCUCUCACACAGAGAGACACCCACCGCGAGGCGGCUCCGCGGCGGCCAGGGAACUCGGAGGCCGCGGCAGCGCGGCCUUCUGGAGAGAGGUGCGGGCGGCGCCGAUGGCGGCGUGGUGGCGGAGGAAGGUGGUGCCCCGCGCGCGCCGCGCCUGGGCCGCCGUCGCCGCGCGGCUCCGCGCGCGCAAGCCCGGCAGCGGCGGCAUCCUGAAGCUCCACGAGGACGUGCAGACCUGCGGGUACAAGGACGUCCAGGUCAUGUUCGACAUGCUCACCUCGGAGCUCGAGGCAGCGGCUCAAGCCCAGAAGCCGCCGCCGUCUCCGCCGCCGAAACGGGCGCCGCCGCCUGUGUGGCCCGGCCGGUCCUCGUCGACGCUCGCCGCCGCGCAGUAGGGCCUGGCAAGCGAAAGUGAAUCCGUCGGCGGUCGAGUACUAGCAGCCUAUUACAGUCUCUUUCAAUACCAGGCGUCCUCCCCCCGCCCUUCUUCCUGCAAAAAGAGCGAAAAGUUGCAGCAAGGACAAAGCUUGAGGCUCCCAAACGUCGUGUUUUGAGGUGUGUAGAUAGAGGGUGAUAUGAACCGGUGCUGGACAUUUUUUUUCGCCAGUUGGGAGGAAGAGGGAGCAAGAGGGGUUACUUUUCAAUUCUGUGGUGUAUUUUGGUUUCGUUUCAACAUGCUGCUCUCUGGUUUACAGCUUCAGAUGAUGUUUUCUUCAGUUACAGGGUCAACUGAA